AGAUACGAAUAAUUAUGGAUAUGGAAAUAAUGCUUUCGGAGGAGAAGGGUAUGGCCAGAAUGGAGGCAACGGAAUGUAUGGAGGGGGAGCAUACAAUCCAAACCCAACAUCUUAUACUGGUACCGGUGGACCUAUUUCUCCAAGUCAUCCUGCCGCGUCGCGACCCAUCAUUCCUAUCGUUGUUUCCAUGAUCGGUCGUCUCAUUUCCCAUUCCGAGGGAAACUUCCAGUAUUUUGAUUCUUCUAUAUCCACAAUUUCCGUUUGCGGAAUUAUCUGCAAUAUAAAGCAAGGAUCUUCGGAGCGGAAGUCCUUCACAAUCCACGACGGCACAGGAGCAAUCCAAGCGACCUUCUACGUGCAGAACGACAAUCAGCAGUUUGCAACGGACGGCUACGUGCGAGUUAUUGGAACGCUGCGCCAAUUCCAGGACAAGGUGGAGAUCAGCGGAUAUCAUUGCGAUCCGAUAAGCAGUUUCAAUGAAAUAACGAUCCACUAUUUAAGUUGCAUUCAGAGCUAUUUAUAUUUCAAAAAACGAUCGAAUCCCGCAUUGACCUCGACAUCAAAUGCAAUGAACACAUCAGACAGCGACGACUUGGAGACGAAAAUCUUGAAAUACAUUCGAAUGAACCAACAGCAGAACGGAUCGUCGACGUCCCAAUUUGAUUUGAUGCAACGGUUCGAAUCGGAGGGAUACGACCGAAGCGCUGUGGAGUGGGAACUGUGCAUGGAAUCGAGUGUAGAUUUGCAUUGA